AUGAAGGAAAAGUCCAAGAAUGCUGCGAAGACUAGAAGGGAAAAAGAAAAUGGAGAGUUCUAUGAACUGGCCAAGUUGCUGCCUUUGCCUUCAGCCAUCACCUCCCAGCUGGACAAGGCCUCCAUCAUCCGCCUCACCACCAGCUACCUGAAAAUGCGCGCUGUCUUCCCAGAAGGCUUGGGCGACGCCUGGGGACAGCCGAGCAGAAUAGGCCCCUUGGAUAAUGUGGCUAAAGAGCUGGGAUCUCAUUUGCUUCAGACAUUAGAUGGAUUUGUUUUUGUGGUAGCAUCUGACGGCAAAAUUAUGUAUAUCUCUGAAACUGCAUCUGUUCAUCUCGGCUUAUCCCAGGUGGAGCUUACUGGCAAUAGCAUUUAUGAGUAUAUACAUCCUUCUGACCAUGAUGAGAUGACAGCAGUGCUUACAGCACACCAGCCUCUUCAUCCUCACCUCUUACAAGAGUACGAAAUAGAAAGAUCAUUUUUUCUCCGGAUGAAGUGUGUCUUGGCCAAGAGGAAUGCAGGGUUGACGUGUAGCGGCUACAAGGUGAUCCAUUGCAGUGGCUAUUUGAAGAUACGUCAGUAUAUGCUGGACAUGUCCUUAUAUGAUUCUUGCUAUCAAAUUGUAGGACUGGUGGCUGUGGGUCAGUCUUUGCCUCCCAGUGCAAUCACUGAGAUCAAGCUUCACAGUAACAUGUUCAUGUUCAGAGCAAGUCUGGACUUAAAACUUAUAUUCCUUGAUUCCAGGGUGACUGAUUUAACUGGAUACGAACCCCAAGACUUGAUAGAGAAGACCCUCUACCACCAUGUUCAUGGCUGCGAUGUCUUCCAUUUACGAUAUGCUCACCAUCUCUUGUUGGUGAAAGGCCAGGUCACAACCAAGUACUAUCGACUACUGUCCAAGCAUGGAGGCUGGGUUUGGGUACAGAGUUAUGCUACCAUUGUGCAUAACAGCCGUUCAUCACGGCCUCACUGCAUAGUGAGUGUCAAUUAUGUCCUUACAGAUAUUGAGUAUAAAGAACUUCAGUUAUCACUGGACCAGGUUAACAUUUCUAAGUCACAGUUUUCAUGUAGGAACUCAAUGCCUACCUCACAAGAAACAAGAAAAGUAGCGAAACCCAAAAGUAAUAAAAUGAAGGCAAAACUCAGAAUGACUCCUUAUCCGCAACAGCAAUUCAGUUCAUUCCAAACAGACAAACUGGAAUGUGGCCAGGUUGGAAGCUGGAGAUCCAGCCCUCCAGGGAGUGUUGGCACCAUACAAGAACAGAACUUCCAUUCAGAAAACAGUGAACUUUUGUAUGCGCCCUCGUAUAGUUUGCCUUUCUCUUACCAUUAUGGACACUUCCCUGUAGAGUCUCAUGUCUUCAGUAGCAAAAAACAAAUGAUGCCUUCUAAAUGUGGGCAAGCUCAAGGAUCACCUUGUGAAGUGGCUCGUUUUUUCUUGAGUACGCUGCAGACAAGUGGAGAGCGCCAAUGGCAUUACACCAAUUCUUUAGUACCCACCAGCCAGUCGCCAUCUAAAAAUCUUCCUGAUCAAGCAGUGAAUAUCGCACGUCAUAAUCUUGCACAGAGUUAUGAAGUGCCCAUACCUAACAGAAGAUACAGCCAAGAUACUACAUGUGACAGCUUUACAAGCUCUGCAACAUCCAUGACAAACACCAGAUACAAAGAAGAGAUUUACAACUCCAGUAUCACGAAACCCAGCAAAAUGGAAAGCCGAUUACAUUCAUCUCAUCAUCUCAUUAAAGAAGAAAACAAAUUAGCUUUCAGCAGAGACCUACAAGAAAAAGUGUUUAUCAAUGAAAAGACUUUUUCAAACUCCAUAGCUAAUUCUUUGUUACCAAAAUCAGAAUGUUUCCAGGCUAAAGCUAUUGGACAAUUAAGUCAUCUCCUGCCAGUGCCAACAGUAUAUGAACAAACACGGAGAAUAUGUAUGAAAGAACCAAGAUAUGGGCAUAUUAGCCAUCAUGCUACAAAUCUGGAUGAACUAGACAACAGUGACAGAAUGACAGUAAAGCUUGAUCAUGAUUCUGAAAACGAACACAUGAUGGAUACCAGAACUACUGGACAAGUCCCAUUUGUAUUUCUCAACUAUCACCAUGUUUUAGCCAAACAUGGUACAUUUCAAACUUCAUCGUGUACAGCAACAGGACAUGUAGCAGAAAAUUAUGGAUACACUUCUGAAGAGGUAAAUACAUUUAUUUAUAAAAACCAAAGUCCAUCAUCAGCCUCUUCUCCAGAAACCCAUAAGGAGACUGCACUACCCCAUUAUAUUGGAACGUCUGUAAUAAUAGCCAAUGGGAGGUGACAAUAAUAGAAACAUAUAUCUUAAUUAAAAACAAAUCCGAACUGUAAUGAUUUCUAAAAAGCAUGAGAAAACAUGGCUACAUUUACUGAGCAUGGCAGAAGGUCAGUGAGAGAAACUUGUGUGUGUUCUUGGCAAGUCAUGUGUAAUAGUACCUUAAAGGUCAAAAAAAUACACAUCUAGCUUCAGUGCUUCAUUGUUACAGAUUAACUUCUGGUGUAGAGUCUGCUAGUAAGAAGCCAUAUAAAGAUCAUAUUUUUGUUAUUUUACAACAUGUAAUACAAUUAAAGGGUGUUAUAUGCCUAGAAUUAUACAGAGACAACUAUUUUUUCUUUUUUUUAAAAACAGGACUCUAAGUAUAUUCAAGAUUUUUACCAUUAAUAUAAACCAUAAAAUUUUGUUUAAAUGUUAUGACAGACACUGUGAAAUAUUAUAGCAAUUUUGCAUCUGUAUUGUAAAUGAUCAGACAAAUGAACUGUGUAUAAAACAUGGUAAUUAAUCCUAAGUAUCCAUGAAAUAACUGCAUGAGCUAGUGACAAAUCACUGUGUCUUGGAAUGCUUAUUAUUUUAAUAGUCUAAAACAAAGUUUGAUCAUUCUAGCUUUUUGAUAUAUUUUAACAUGGAGUCAGGAAUUCAUAGCUUGUUGCAAUCAUGGUGUAUUUCAGAGGGAUGAUAAAAUGUCAAACUCAAAGACACAAGGUAUAUAUUAAUUGAUUUUGUCAUAGCAAGACUGGCACAACAAAGUCAUACAGCAAGGA